UUGAUGAAAAUUCAGAGAAUCAGACACAGGUAUCAACAUCGUUACAGGUGUUCCACAAUCUGGGUUGUUUACAUCAAGUUGUUGAGAAGGUUGUUAAUGGAUGUAAAGAAGUUUUACAUUCAAACAUCAGAAAUUGUCUAGAUGCUAAAUCUAUUUCUACUUCACAAUCUUCUAAAGGGGGGCCAGGAAGAGCAGCUAUGCCUACACCAGGUAAUACAGCAGCUUUUAGAGCCAUGCUCUGGACAAACAUGGAAAAACUCAUGGAUAAUAUUUAUGCUUCUUGUGCACAGAUUCAACAUUUACAGAAAGUUUUAGUAAAGAAACGUGAUCCAGUAACACACAUCUGUUUUAUAGAAGAAUUGGCCAAGCAUAGAAAUGGUGAUGUAAAUUUUAUGCAAGAAUUUUGGGAAGCAGUGACAACCAUGUUAUUAACAGAAUUUACAGAUUCUGCUGAAACUUCUUCAUUCCUAAAACAAGCAUUUGAAGGGGAAUACCCUAAAUUAUUACGUUUAUAUAAUGAUCUGUGGAAGAGAUUGCAUCAGUUUUCUGUUAGUAUGGUGAAUGCUGGUAGUAAUAUGUCAGAUACUGGUAUAGUAGAGGAGGAUGGACAUAAUGAUGAAUUCUUUACCUUAACUAGUAAAUCUAAAGAUAGUUACGAUUCGGAGAAGGCAUUAAGAAACACACUAAGUAAAUUUGAAACAGCUUAUCUAUCCAAAUCUUUAUCACGUUUGUUUGAUCCGAUCAACCUGGUCUUCUCCAGUAACCAAAACCCACCUACAACAGAAGAAGUAGAAAAUAUUAUCAAAACGAUCAAUAGUGAGUUAAAUGUGUCGGCAGUCGACAAUAAAUUAAGUAUAACAGUGGCUAAAAACGUGGCUAACACCAUUAAAUUAUUUUGUGUAAAAAGUGAACAAUUGUUGUCAACUGAUGGUGAAGCAAGUCAAGUUAUUGGACCACCGACAUCAGGUCAAACUCGUAAUGCAGCUGUUGUAAAUACACUAUAUCAACUACAUCAAUCUCUUACUAAGGUUAUAGAAAGUAUCAACCAUUUUCCACCUGAAGCAAAAGAAAGUAUUCUAGCAUCACAGAAGGAUAUUGUUGUAUUAAUGGGAAAUGCUGUCAAUCCUUUACUAUCAUCUAUAUUAGACGCCCUAGAAGCCAUUAUUUUAACUAUGCAUCAAGAAGAUUUCUCUGGUGGAGCUCCACCAGCAGGUCAAACAGAAGCACCAUGUUCUCUAUACAUGAAGGAAUUACAGGGUUUUGUUAUGCGAUGUUCAGCUGAUUAUAUAUCACAGUUUCAGUGUGUCGAUUUUAUUAUGGAAAGUAUUUUACCAGUUGCGUGUCGAUGUACAGAGCUAUUUAUAAGACACGCUAGUUUGAUUCGACCAUUAGGAGAUGGUGGAAAACUUCGAUUAGCAGCAGAUUUCGCUCAGAUGGAAUUAGCAAUCUCACCUUUCUGUAGAAGAGUUUCAGAUUUAGGAAAAACUUAUAAACUUUUACGUGCUUUUAGACCUUUACUAUUUCAAACAUCCGAACAUCUUACACAGAGUCCCGCUAUAGGGGAGAUAAUCCCUUAUAGUACUAUACUCCAUUACCUAUUUGCUAGAGCACCUGCUGAACUAAAAUCACCACAUCAAGCUUCUGAUUGGUCAAUAAGUCGAUAUUCUCAAUGGUUAGAAACUCACCCAUUGGAAGCAGACAGACUACAAUUUAUAAAGGGAGCAUUAGAGGCCUAUGUGAAGACGGUUCGACAAAGACAAGGAAAGGAAUAUGCAGAUGUUUAUCCUAUUAUGAUAGAAAUAUUACAGAAAGGUCUGGGUAUUCAACAACAAAUAACGUAGUUCUCUUAUAUACUUUAAAUCAGGAGGGAAAUCAAUUGUGUUUAGGUCCUAACCAUUCCAAAUAUAUUUUACAGUGGGAAUUGUUUAUUGAUAUGUUCAUCAAUAUGUAUUAGCGUUGCUGAGCAGUACAAGGCCGUUUCAGAGUUCAAGUGAUUUACAAAUCCAUCAAAUCCAUUAUAAAGUUUUUUUUUAGUUAUUUAUACCAGUUCAUGUAUUUACAUCUUUCAUAACCAUAUGGUUUUGUGCUAAAAUAACAUGUUGAAAUAUUGUUUCAUUUCAAUGUGAUUUAUCAUGUAUUAUCAUUGACUGUGUAGCAACUGGAACUAACAGAAAACUUAAAAUAAUAGUCCAUAUUCACAUUAUUUGCUGAUAAAAUCCAUGGGCUUGUGUUCUUCAAGAUAUAUGUUCAAAUAACUGUCCAUAUUGUACAGGAUAAAUAAUAUAGGAGAGUGCAGUAAUACAUUUUAAAUCAUUUGAAAGCAUUCUCCUUGUUUUUGUGCUAUUACCUUUAUUUACAUAUCAAGGUAAUGUGUGAAUUAUGUUUGUUAUUAAUAACCUUGUUGACAUUAUCAUAUUAUUGUAAAUACACUAUAUUUAUAUUGUACAGUGGUUUAAUAUAUUAGGUAAAUAAUAAAACAUGAAAAAAUAUACACAUACAUGCAGUUCCUUCUUUUUCGCAGUUCAACACAAAUCAUGCUUCUUUUUUCUUCUUCCCUUCAUCCAGAUUUUCCAGCGUGGUUUCCCCCAUGCAGAAGGGAGGGCCUGACAAGUCUAGUUGUUCAGAUGGGACGAAAAACCGAGGUCCCAUGUACACAUUGCCAUGCACUUAAAAGAUCCCUUGACAGUUGGAAUUCGAUAUAAGAGUAAGAGUAGGCUGUAGUGCCGCUGUACAUGCAAAAUUUCCCCCAUAGCACACUGUAUGGCGUAUGCCCUUCUUCACUAGCUCAGUUCAGAGCAGAACAGUAGGACAUUAAACCCCAUUUCUUUUCAUUUUCUUCUUCCCCAUUUAAAAUUAAAACCAACUUUUAUUAAUAGAAUUUAUUACAAUUGCACUAUCAUUAACAAUAUAUGAAAUAAUGUUUAUGUUAUGAACUGACAUUUUCAAUGAUCUAAAAAUCUGAUGUGCAUAGGUCACAAUUUAUGUAAA